UCUUUUUGCUGUAUAUAGCUUUAUCAAGAAACUUCUUACUAAUCAAAUAGACCAUCAAAGUGUUUCGACCAACGAAAUGUUAAUCUUUCAUAAGCCGUGGUGUUUGGGUAUCCUAUGAUGCAUUGCUCUGCUUGAAAUUCUAAUUUCAAGAUGGCGGUCAGGAAAGUAAUGAGGGGAAUACUCAGUUGAAGAUUGGAAACACCAAAUACACAAGAAAUUAAUGGAAGGAAGGUAUUGUAGCAGAUUUCUCUAGAAAUGGGAUCAAAGAAAGAUGUUCACGAGAAAAAAGAUUACGAUCGCAGAAAAAGAAUAGUUGCGGUGGUCCUAAUAGCUAUCAUUUUGGUUGCUGCAAUCACAAUAGUGGUGAUUUUUCAACAGAGGUGUGGUGGAGUUCUUCAUGGGAACAAAUAUCGUACCAGGAUGCUAGAAUUCUUCGGUUUGACGGAUGGAAUUGACCUGAAAUUUGCCCAUGCUGUAAAUAGCAGGUCCAAACUCAAUAAGUCCCUCACAGAUUCGAAUAUUAUGAUACUUGAAGCUGAUAUUCUUAUUGAUCCACUACAGAACAUCCCAAUCAUGGCACACCCUCCUGCUAAUUCCAGUGAUUUGACAUUGGUGCAAUUCCUUGCAAGCGUUUUUGGAUAUGCAUCCCCAAAAGGUGUGAAGCUGGACUUCAAACAGAUUGUAGUGGUUGAGCCAUCGCUACAGAUCUUAGAAGAAAGCAAAAGAAAUCAUUCUGGUAGACUUCCACCUAUCAUUCUAAAUGCUGAUAUACUAGAAGGCCCUGAAAAUCCUUCAUCAGUGCCUGUAGAUGCUCAGAAAUUUCUUGCUCUGUGUCAAAAGUAUGAUAGUACGAGUAUGUUGUCUCCUGGUUGGACAACUAGAAAGCCAACAAAUAUGUCAUCACCGGAAGGCUAUUCAUGGAAAAUGGUAAAAGACAUGCAUUCCCUUGUGAAAAACCUGCAGCAACCUGUCACAUUUCCUGUUAGAGCUUCUCUAAUUGCAGCGUCAAAAGAACAGCUUCUGUGGCUUUUAGGAGAAAAAGAAAGCUACUCACUCACUGUUUGGCAUAGCAAUGCUGAUCAAUAUGACGUCAAGGAUUUCGUUUUCCUGCGACGUUAUCCAAAAAAAGUCUUCUAUGAUUUACCAGAAGAAAAGAUGAAAAGACUGAAGCAACUGGAUCAUAAUUGAUAGAUGAAUGUUGAGUAUGACAAAUUUGGAGCAAGAUGAUGGAUCCAUAAUAAUGGCAUGAUCUUUAAGAAGACCGGGAUUGACGUUCGUGGUAUCCAGAACUUCAGAAUGACAAAGAUGAAGCAUGAACUUGACAUUUUGUGCAUAAAUGCAUACUCUGCUUUGUUAUUGUUUUGUAACUGAAUGUCUGAACAGGUGGUACUAUAAAGUGACAUUGGAGUAGCUGAAAUUAAAGGAUAUGAAGCCAUUUCAUGGUUUCGUACCUACCAUAAGAUAAAAAUAGAAUUAUCUUGUCAUAAUAAAGGCCAAAUUCUACUUAACCUUUUCAAUGGGAUCCAAAUCAGUAAAGGGUCUGGGGCAAACAUUCCUGAAAACCGCCAAAAAUAAUUUGCUGACGCCAUAUAUUAUUCUUUAAUUUACAUAGUCGUCGUUUAUGUAAUAUGGAGAUCAAAGAAAGUUUUAAGUUGUUCUCCUGGAUUGAGAGUAAGUUUUCUUUGCUUGUGCAUUGAAUUUAUUGAUUUUACAGGCUUCUGCUA